UUCCAGCGUGAAAGUUACACUUUUACAGGAUUUUUAUGUUUAUUCAUUUGAUUGCAAUGUGACAUUGGAUCGUGGCUGUGUGUGUGAUAGUGUUUGAGUGUUAUUUCUACAGUUGUGCGCAAUUAUUUUCAUCAAACGGCCGUAAACGUAAUUAAUUUGAGUACACAGAAUUACAUCCCGCACCAAUAAAUGGCCAUCAAACUGCUCUUUCUGGCGGGCUCCAUCCUGCUGUGGCUACACUGGCUGCCCGCGACCGAUGUGGCCAAUUCGUACUCCACGGUCAUGUGCCACCGGUUCCGCAACGCUUCUCGGGCCACCGUGUACGACUUUGUGACCUACAGUGACCUGGUCGACAAGUGGAUGAGUGCAGUGUCGUUUGUUGCUACCGACCAGAAGCCGUUAGGAGUUGGAAAGACUUAUAAAGUUGUUGUUGAUUCUGCCACCGUGGUCCACUUCACUGUCACCGACCACAUACCGGGCCACCACGUCGGGCUGGAAUCGGCCAUAAAUCUGCUCUGGCCGCGGUUGGAAUUAUGGUUCUUUGCCAAUCCGGCGGUAACCAAUGCCACAACCACCGCCAAUGGCACCGGUGCGGACUAUCGGUCGUCUGGGCAACGACGCCACCACCUGGCAGAGGAGGAAGGGGGAACCACAAAUGUCAUUAGUGGUGAUGCGGAACGCCAUCAUCAUCAGCCACGGCGUCUGGCGGCUACAGCAGCCGUGGAUGGCGGCCAUCAUCGCAGCAGUCUGGGCUUGAAGUUUUAUUUCAAGCAUAACUCAUUUUUAUUUCAGCACACUCUUGGCCCCCUGCUACGACACGUGUUCGGACGUCAUUUCCGGCGAUCGCUGCGGCAUUUGGACGCCAUCUUGACCGAAAUGGAAGCUCAUCGUGUGCUGUACUCUUGAUGGAUUGGGUUUAUUUUAGUUGUAAAAGAAAAUAAAACAAGAAUCAUAUCCAUUCCGCCAGUGGA